ACCUUCAAAAUGAAGCCAGAAACACAGAAAGAGGAGCUGAUCAGGUUUAUCUCCGUCUACAUGAUGGAUCCAGUCACUGAGUACAAUGGACAGACAGCCUCCCUGAUCCUUGGUUCCCCUGUGUUGAACCACGCUCUCCUCUUUGUCAACAAAAGUUCUGAGGACUUUGUAGAGAUUUUCUCUGCUUUCCACAGUGCUGCAGAGGAGUUCAGAAUGAAGAUUCUGUUUGUCCUGGUGAACGUGGAUGAACAUCGUAACGGCAGACUGAUGGAGUACUUCCGUGUCCGGCAUUUUGAAGCUCCUCAUAUCCGACUAGUGAACCUGACGGAUCAUGUGACCUACAAUUUGCCGUCUGAGACCUUGGAUGUGAAGGUCAUAAAACAGUUCUGUCAGUCCUACCUUGAAGGCAAAGCCAAGCCCAAGUUGCAGAGUGAGCCUGUUCCUGAAGGAUGGGAUAAGGAGCCUGUUAAGGAGCUGGUGGGAAUCAAUCUGGAGAAAGUAGCAUUCAACCCCAACAAGACUGUUUUUGUCCUAUUCUAUGUUCCAUACAGUGAGAAGUCCCGCACUGUGUUUCCGCUGUGGGAGGAGCUAGCUCAGGUUCUCAAGAAUCGCAAGGAUGUAGUUGUUGCUCGCAUCGAUGCCUCGGCCAAUGACAUCAACGUGUCUCUGCAGGGGUCCUACCCAUCACUUUGCCUGUUUCCUGCUCUUUACGCUGAGAGGAUGGUGAUUUACCGUGGGAAAAGGGAGAUAAAAGACUUGGUUAGGUUUCUUGAUAAAGAGAUGGAAAAGGCAAAGAAAGAUAGAGUUAAGGAGGAUGAGGACAGGAGGAAGUACAUUGAGGCCAUGAAAGAGGAGGAAGCAAAAAAACAAAAAAACCCCAAAGAGGAGCUUUGAUAGAAAAGCCAAGACAACAUUUGUAUCCGAAUGUGUCAGGUGGUUUAAGUAUUUUUUUUCAAUGGUAUGGUUUAUUUGACUGAAAUAAAGUGCUGCCAAAGACUA